AUGGCCCGCGGCGAUGAAGUUAAGACAGCCUCCAAGGCUACAAACGCUUGCAAGCAAUUCGAUGUCUCUGCUCCGAUCAAAAAACCUAUAGCAAGUCAAUUAGCAUCACAAUCAGCAAAAAAGUCUGAGCAGAAAAAUUACGGCGCCUGGGGCCCAACCUUCAAGGAUAAGAGGACUUUCGUCGACAUGCACCACUGCUGA